AUGGCGAAAUUGUUUAUUGGGGGCCUAGCCUGGCAUACGAACGAUGAAACCCUGCGCCAGAGAUUCGAGGAGUACGGUACUGUGGAAGAGGCGGUUGUUGUCAAGGAUCGCGACACCAAUAGAAGCCGUGGGUUUGGCUUUGUGAGAUUCUCGUCUAAAGAGGAGGCAGAUGCCGCGAAAGAGAAGAUGGAUUCCACCGAGUUUGAUGGUCGCAUCAUUCGUGUUGACCAUGCAACGGACAACAGAUCCGGCGGCGGCCAGCGUGGUGGCUAUGGUAGUCGCGGAGGCUACCAAGGUGGAGUUGGCGCAUACGGAGGUCGUGGAGGUGGCUAUGCGAACCCGUUCAGUCAAGGUCGUGGUGGCGGCUUCGUUUCCAGUUACAAUCGCGGAGGAUAUGGCGGCCAGCAGCCCCAGCAAUAUGGAUCUCAACAGCAGCAGCAGCCCCAGCAAGGAUACUACCAAGGAGGUUUCCAGGGCAACGCAGGCGACGGUGGCAACACAUUUGGGUCGACUGGUGACGGACAGGCUUUCGGUUCGACUGGUGAUGGGCAUAAUUUUGGUUCAACUGGUGACGGACAGGCUUUCGGUUCGACUGGUGAUGGGCAUAAUUUUGGUUCAACUGGUGACGGACAUUUUGGAUCAGGUGGCGGCGGACAACAACGCUGA